AUGAACCUCGGGUUGGAAUCGUUUGUGGUGACAUUUUGGGAAGAUUCUGUAUCCGAUGAGAUCUAUGCUAAAUUGGAACCUAUUUCGAAUAGGAUACCAUUGUUGUUGUUGAAUUUUUCAGUCGUGCCAUAUUACGGAUUGAGUCUGACCACCAAUGCUCAGUCAAUUGUCUUGGAUGGCUUUGAGAAUGAAAUGCUAAUUGAACUAGAGAGAUGGAAGCAAGAGAAUGAAGAGGCCAUUAACAUCUUAAUACAAACUGGUGGUUUUUUUGAAAAGAAAGUGUUGCGCUCACCCAAGCAACCUUUGCAGAUUACUAAAGUGGAACAAAUGUUGCAGAAUCAAGAGAAUACAUAUUUUAAUGUAAAAGUUAAAGCAAGAUUGGAAAAUGAAUACCAAGACUACUUUUACAUUGGUUGUCCAAUAUGUUCCACAAAGACAGUUGCAUCAUAUGGUACAGAGUUCAUGUGUUACUCAACUCCAUGCAAGAACAUGAGAAUAGCAAAUCGAAGCUUCAGAUUUAGUCUCAUGGUCUUUGAUGCGUCUGGACAAGUGGAAGUCACUUUUUUGGGGAAAGAAGCUCAAAAACUUCUUGGCCUAGAUCCUUCCGAGUUUUAUAAAAAACAAAAUCAGGGACCCAUAACGCAGGUGGAUUUUCUUAGACAACGCCUAUGCAAUAUUGUCUUACUCUUAAAGUUAAAAAGUCGAAUAUUUAAAGAUGUUUGUACUUUCACUGCGGAUGCUAUUGAGAUUUUACAAGAUGAUGGUGCAAUACCAUCUGAGAAAAGUAGCAUUGAACCUGAAGCUCAUCUGGAGCAAGGGCUGCUAAAAAGUGCGACGAGACAAUUGGUUUUUCCCGAGUCAUUAGAUAAUGAUGAAGACAUUCUAGCAAAGGAUGCUGCCAAAGCUAAAGGCAAGGGGAAAAUGUCCCAAGAAAGCCAUGUUGAAUAUAUCAAAGGUGAAAAUGAUUAUGAUAUGCUAUUCUUGCUUGAUAAUAAUUAUAAUUUUGGUUAA